UUUUCAUAUUUUCUCUAAAAGACAGAACUUCCGGAAAAAUUUAAUUUCUUAUUUUAAUGAACAUUUAUCUGUCCUGUGCUCUCAUGAUACACAUAUCGUGUGGUAGUUAAAUUAUAUUGUCAAGGUAUAUUCUUAUUCUUAUCCUGCCCACAGUCAGGUUUCUACCACAGCGUACGAAGGUAGUCCGAAGGGAUGUAGAAAGUGUGGUUAAGGAAAGUAUUUCAAAACGAAGGGAUCAUCCCUGGCAGAGAAUCGACAUGACCACCGCAAAAUGGUUCUUCGUGGUACUCGGAAUAUGGAUAUGUUGUGUGAAUGGAAUGUGGUUACCGUGGGAGAGAGUGACAGUUGAAGAGUGCUCGCCGCGGUGUAAACGAAGAGUGUUGUUACAAAGAAACUGCACGCGUGACUCGCCGUGCAAUGGUCAGAAAAACUGCGCCGGUCAAGCCACGUGUUCCGGUAGUCAGAGUAAGUGGACCAGGGAGGUUUGCGCCAGUGACCAGUGUCCACAAAUACCAGACAGUAUGGCAGUCAAUCGACAAUCCCCCAAUGAACAAAAACAAAGUAGAUCGUCGUUUCCUUUGUCCACAGUUAUAGUUGUGGUCCUUGUUCUGUCCUUAGCUGUAACAGCUAUCACUGCUCUUACAGUUUUCAGGUGUAAAGGAAUUGGCCUGAGGAAGACGACCGACAUAGAGAGAAUUGUAAGUUACAAAUCUGACGUUUCGUUCUCCUCGUCCGAUCACGAGUUCGACGCAAUAAGCACCAUCUCCGGAGCCAGAAUAGACAUUUUUCAGCAGAAGAAUCCGCCGUCGGUUCUGGACACUAAUCGCGAAGGCAUGGACAACCCUUCGUUCUCAGAUAGCCUCCAUUAUACAGUUAACCCGGCAUCGCAAUAAAUAUUUAUUCGCCGAAAAAGAAGAAGAAAAAAACAGAAGAAAAGAAAUAUGUUGCCGGGCACCCUGCCGUACCUAGAAAAAUAUAGUGGACCUUUU